AUGGAAGAGAAAAAACAAGUGGAGUAUUUUGACUUCACACAAGAAAUGCAAGAAGAAGCCGAAAAGAUCAUAGAAGAAGACAAUGGAUCGCUCUCGAAUUUCAUAUACACAAAAUUUGAUAAUCAAGCCAAUAAGAUGUGAGAUGUGUUUUACAAGAACAAUACAGCUAUGCUUAUUUACCAAGAAUAGCCCACUAAGGAGCAUUUUUUGGUUGGCCGGGCAAUAGCUGGCUUGCCAAAUUCGUUGGCAUGCCAUAUUUCUGGCUAACCAAAUUUAAGAACGGCGAACCAAAUUAUGCUCCUUAGUGGGCUAUUCUUGCAAGCAGGUAUAAUUUUUUUAAGGAUAGGCACUAUCUUUUAAAUGAGUUCCCUGAGCUGAAUGGAGAAAUCUUACUAUUAGAAGUUGGAUGUGGGGUAGGAAAUGCUAUUUAUCCAUUAUUAGAAGAUAAUCAAGCUUUGAGAGCUCAGGUAUGCGAUUUCUCAAGAGAAGCAAUAAACUUAUUGAGGCAAAAUCCUUCAUUUAACAGUGAAAGACUCCAAGCAGACGUUUGUGACAUCACAAAGCAACCAGUCCCAUUUACUGAGCCUUCAGAUGCUCUACUAAUUUUAUUCGUUCUCAGUGCAAUAUCUCCCGAGAAACAUAGGCUAGCUAUUGCAAAUGCUACUUCAAACCUCAAACCUGGCGGCUUAGUCAUGUUUCGAGACUAUGGAAGAUAUGAUUUAGCCCAGCUUAGGCUUGCAGGUAAAAGAAACAAAAAACUAAAAGAAAAUUUUUAUUUAAAGCAAGACGGGACGAGAUGCUAUUAUUUUACCACCCAAGAAAUUGAAACUUUAUUUGAAGGCUUCAGAGUGUUAGAAAACGAAUACCAUUACAGAGUCGUAAAAAAUCGCAAAGAGGAUAUCAAAAUGAAUAGGGUUUGGAUUCAGGCUAAAUUAAUUAAACUAUAA